UCGAUUAAAUGGCGGUCCAUUUAGUUUCCAAGCUGCCUCCAUUUUCGCUUUGUCCUUCGACUGGAAUUGUCCUAUUUCUUGCUUCAAUAUUCUGGCUUAUACUCAUAAAUAUAUCUAUCGACGUGCUUCCUUAAGCUUACUUCCUUUCGCAUUGUCACACAGGACGCAGGAUGCCUCCCUCCAAUUUUCGUUUCAAGGUUCGCGCUACAAAAGAGGCUCUCAAUGUCCCCUGCGCUCCGGAAUUAACCAGUCUUCUCUCAUGCUUUGCUACCACUGGCGACCUCAGACAUACUACCUCUUGCGCAGACAGUGCAAAAGCUUUGCACACUUGUAUGGCGCAAGGAAAGGGCAAGGGAGGAAAAAGUGGAAGCUCGAUCAACUAUCUUUUGGGCAAGAUCAGAAGAUAGAAGAACAAAUGGUUGGGGCAGUCAGCGGAGAAGAUGGGACAGUGGACAGUCUCAGAGGAGAGAAGGCAACUGUAUACUGACAUAUUGUAAACUUAUGCACGACAUCGAUUUA